CAUAGAUGAGCUGAGUCCCAGGUGCUCCAGCUUGGUGGUGAGUGUGGAGGGAAUUAUGGUAUUAAAUGCAGAGCUGUAGUCGAUGAAGAGCAUUUUCACAUAAUUCCCUUUCCUAGCGUCCAGGUGAGUGAGUGAUGUGUGGAGGAGGUGAGAGAUGGCAUCAUCAGUAGAACGGUUGGGGCGGUAUGCAAACUGUAGUGGGUCGAGUGUGUCUGGUAGUGAAGAAAUGAUGAAGUCUCUGACCAGGCGUUCAAAGCACUUCAUCACUACUGAGGUGGUGGAACGUCAAACUCUGUGGAAAAUGCAAAUAAACAGAACGGAGGAUUUGAAAUAAAGCAAGUAAAAGUGGAAGAGUCUGAAGAUGAAAGCUACCUCUGUACAUCAACAGACUCGGGUUAAGUAACACUGACACUGUAACACUCAUACACACAUUUUCUGUGCUAUACACCAAUCAGCCAUACCAUUAAAAACAAUAGCCCAACAUUGUGUAAGUUUCCAAAACAGCUCUGACCCAUUGAGGCAUUACUACUCAAGACCUCUGACUGUUUUUGGUGGUAUCUAGCACCAGGAUAUUUAAAGUGCUGAAAGUUACAGGAUGGAGUCUCCAUGGAUCAGACGUUGUCUAGCACAUCCCAUGGAUGCUCAGUUGAAUGGAGAUCUGGGUGGUGGAACGUCAAACUCUGUGGAAAAUGCAAAUAAACAGAACGGAGGAUUUGAAAUAAAGCAAGUAAAAGUGGAAGAGUCUGAAGAUGAAAGCUACCUCUGUACAACAACAGACUCGGAAAUGAAAGAUGACCAGGUACCACUCUUCUCCUGCUCCUGGUGUUCUUUUUCCUGUACGUCUCAAAUGUACCUCCACAAACACACCAGAAGAUGCCACUGUGAGGAACAUGAGAGACUGCUACAGUCGGGAGAGGUAAAAGACAAGAACCAUAUCACUACCAUGAGCUCCAGUAUUCAGGAAACCGCCUCUGUUACUCUCAACAGUAACACCUGUAAAAAGCAAGUGCAGAAAGAAGUUUAUCCCUGCUCACAGUGUGGGAAGAGUUUUACCCAACGCUGUAAUCUCCACCUACACCAGCGCAUUCACACAGGAGAAAAGCUGCAUCCCUGUUUAGAGUGUGGAAAAAUAUUUUUAAAACGCUCUUUUCUUCAGCGACAUCAAAUCAUUCACACAGGAGAAAAGCCGUUUCAGUGCUCACAGUGUGGGAAGAGUUUUAACCAACAAGGUAAUCUCAGUUCACACAUGGGUAUUCACACAGGAAACAAGCCGUAUCAGUGCUCACAAUGUGGGAAGAGUUUUCUUCGGAAGUGUAGUCUCCAGCUACACCAGCAAACUCACACAGGAGAAAAGCUACAUCCCUGUUUAGAGUGUGGCAAAAGUUUUUUAAAACGCUUUUUUCUUCAGCGACAUCAACUCAUUCACACAGGAGAAAAGCCGUAUAAGUGCUCACAGUGCGGGAAGAGUUUUAAUCAACAAGUUCAUCUCAGUUCACACAUGCGUAUUCACACAGGAAACAAGCCGUAUCAGUGCUCACAGUGUGGGAUGAUGUUUCUAGAAAAAUGUAGUCUAAAUUUACAUCAGUGCACUCAGACUGGAGAGAAUCCAUUUCACUGUGCACAGUGUGGACAGAGUUUUAAAGAGCAAAGUCAGCUUAGUAAUCACUUGCUUAUUCACAGUGAAGAGAGGCCGUAUCAGUGCUCACGGUGUGGGAAAAUGUUUAAAGACAAAGCUCAGCUUAAAAUCCAUCAGCGCGUUCAUAGUGAAGAGAGGCCGUAUCAGUGCUCUCAGUGUGGGAAAAUGUUUAAAGACAAAGCUCAGCUUAAAAUCCAUCAGCGCAUUCAUAGUGGAGAGAAGCCGCAUCAGUGCUCAGAGUGUGGAAAGAGUUUUACAGUGAAACGUAGUCUAAAAAUACAUCAGCGCAUUCACAGUGGGGAAAGGCCAUAUCAUUGUGCAGAGUGUAAAAGGAGUUUUACUCAGUCAAAUCAUCUCCAAAAACACUUGCGUACUCACAGUGUAACAAAGACAUAGCAGUGCUUACAGUAUGGGGUGCGUUUUAAUCAACAGAAUGGUCCUCUGCAUCACCAGCACAGUCAUUUAGAAGAAAAAACACAGGAAAAUGUUUACAAAAAAAGGUAAUCGUAAGUAUAUUGCAGUGUAGAAAAGACAUAUUAGUGUUCAUAAGGUAAGCAGAAUUUUAAUCACAAGAAGCGUCAGCAACAACAUACAUACAAAUGCCUUUACAACCAGGUUCUCCAGCAUGGAUUCUACUGGUUCCGCAUCAUCUCAUCUUUCUUCUAAUGUGAAUAUACAGACCUUUAUCAUAUACAGUUCUUUGUGUAAGAUUGAAUCGGCGUUGCUGUUAAAUGACAGACCACACUACAUUUUCAGUAAUGUACUUUAAACAUGGGAAACAAUAUGCCAGUGUGUACUGUAUAUUAGGUAUCAACAAGUAAAAAAUUUUUUUUAAUAUUUUAAAAAUCUUUUAUGUUGCUGUUUAUUUAUUUUUUUUAUUUGUCAAUGAUUUUGUUGAUUGACUCUUUUUGUUUUAAGAUUAAUUGUUAAAAUUAAAAGUUAGUGUGUUUUUUUUUUUUUUUUUUUUUAUCAUAAUGCAUGUGUGUCUGGUCCGUGUGUUCCUUAAUCAUAAUGCAUGUGUGUCCUGUUCUCUCACAAUGUUUCAUCCUUGUUCAUAAUUUUCUCCUUUAUUAGCUUUGGUCAUUAUCUAAUUGCUCUAGGUUGUGUUGUCAUACAUGCAUACUUUAAAAUUAAAUCUGUCCUUGUCCUUGUCCUAUAGAAUGCCCAGGUUGUGUUUAUGCUUGAAAUAAACCAUCUCUUGUAUUA